CCUGUUGCUUCUGUUGUGGCUUGUGUAACUCCUGGUAAUGGGUAACCAUUGUAGCCGUAAAAUAGAGAAACAGAAGAUAACUAAACUUGCAGAACAAACAUAUUUUACCGAAAAAGAAGUAAAACAAUGGUAUAAAGGCUUCCAACAAGAUUGUCCUGAUGGUAAAUUAACAGAGAAGGCUUUUGCAAAAAUUUAUGAGAGAUUUUUCCCCAAUGGAGAUCCCUCCAAAUUUUCCAAGCUGCUGUUUCAUGUGUUUGAUGAGAAUCAUGAUGGAACCAUUGAAUUUGAUGAAUUCAUCAGAGCUCUCUCGAUAACCUCAAGGGGAACAUUGGAGGAAAAACUUUUGUGGGCUUUCAAAUUGUACGAUCUUGAUUCGGAUGGAUACAUUACCAAGGAAGAAAUGUCCGAUAUUCUAGACUCCAUGUUAAUUAUGAUUGGUGAUGUUUCACCUAAACUUAUCGAUCCAAAGGAGAGGGUUGAUCAAAUUUUUAGUGAACUUGAUAGAAAUAAUGAUAAUCGUUUAUCGUUAGAUGAAUUUCUGGAAGGCUCAAAAAGUGAUCCCAGAAUUGUGCAAACACUGUCUUUGAAUAAUAUAUUAUGAGCUAAACAAUCCGUUUUGCUGGGCAACAAUUAUAAUUCAAAUCAGUGGCAAAAAAAACUGAAUGCGUAAGCAAAAGUUUUGUGUUGAACUGGUCAACCCUGUUGUAUAAAUGUCAACUCUAAACUGGUAAUUCAAUUAUUUCAAGGAGCAAACACGAUCAACCAAAGAUUGAAUUAUAAACUCAUUAUUUUCAUUAAGCUAAACUUAUUGGUGACUGUUCAAUAGCUGAUCAAGCUAUUUCAAACCAAAUUAAUGAAAAAUUGUUUUCAGAUUUUGGGUUACAAUUAGCCUUUCACUUUCACUUUCAUUUUAAAUUGUUUAUACAUAAUGUAUAGCCAUAAUCGUUAUGAACUAAUUUAUUAAAUCAUCAACCUUGAAUAAAUAAGAAACAAGAGGCUCUUUGAUUGUAAAAA